CUUCCCCUUUCCUCCCUUCCAAGAUGGCCGAAGUGCAGUCCCCCUUCUAGUGAUCUGGCGUCUCCCUCGACCACCGCCUCUUUGUGCCGCGGCCCCCUCGUAGACCCUGCUGCCAAGUUUGCAUCUGUUCCUGAAACUUCUCAUUUCUUUCCUCUCCCUCCACUCUGUUCCAACGUGUGAAUCUAAGAGAAGAAGCAUAAAACCAGGGUGACGCUCCCCAACCCCCGGCCCCCACCCCGGCAUCAUGCAUCGGACUACACGGAUCAAAAUCACGGAGCUGAACCCCCACCUCAUGUGUGCCCUCUGUGGGGGUUACUUCAUCGAUGCCACGACCAUAGUGGAGUGCCUGCAUUCCUUCUGCAAAACCUGCAUCGUGCGCUACCUGGAGACCAACAAGUACUGCCCCAUGUGUGAUGUGCAGGUCCACAAAACCCGGCCGCUACUGAGCAUCAGAUCUGACAAAACCCUCCAAGACAUUGUCUACAAGUUGGUCCCUGGGCUUUUUAAAGAUGAGAUGAAACGGAGACGGGAUUUCUAUGCAGCUUAUCCCCUAACAGAAGUCCCCAAUGGCUCCAAUGAGGACCGAGGUGAGGUCCUGGAGCAGGAGAAAGGGGCUCUGAGUGACGAUGAGAUUGUCAGCCUCAGCAUCGAGUUCUAUGAAGGCAUCAGGGACAGAGAGGAGAAGAAGGGCCCCUUGGAGAAUGGAGAUGGGGACAAGGAGAAGCAGACUGGGGUGCGCUUCCUGCGAUGCCCAGCGGCCAUGACUGUCAUGCACCUCGCUAAGUUUCUCCGCAACAAGAUGGACGUGCCCAGCAAAUACAAGGUGGAGGUUCUGUAUGAGGACGAGCCUCUGAAGGAGUACUACACCCUCAUGGACAUUGCCUACAUCUACCCCUGGCGGCGGAAUGGCCCUCUCCCCCUCAAGUACCGUGUCCAGCCAGCCUGCAAGCGGCUCACCUUGCCCACAGUACCCACCCCUUCCGAGGGCACCAACACCAGUGGGGCGUCCGAGUGUGAGUCAGUCAGCGACAAGGCUCCCAGCCCUGCCACGCUGCCAGCCACCUCUUCUUCCCUGCCCAGCCCAGCCACUCCCUCUCAUGGCUCUCCCAGCUCCCAUGGGCCCUCAGCCACCCACCCUACCUCCCCCACCCCUCCUUCGACAGCCAGUGGGGCCACCACAACAGCCAAUGGGGGCACCUCAAACUGCCUGCAGACACCAUCCUCCACCAGCAGGGGGCGCAAGAUGACUGUCAACGGAGCUCCUGUGCCCCCCUUAACUUGAGGAAAAGGACCUUCUCCCUCCUUUUCCAGCCAUGCCUACCCACCUGGCCACUUUUUUCUGGGUCCCUUUUUCCACCUCUUCAACUCUUCCCUAGUUCCUCCCACCUUAAGGGUGGGGGGGAUGGGUUUUAUAAAUAAAUCUCUCUAUAUAUAUGUACAUAGGAAAAACCAAAUAUACAUACUUAUUUUCUAUGGACUGAUCAGAUUAAUUUAAAUGCCUCCGGAAACAAACUUUGUGUGUCUGUGUCUGCGCGUGUAUGAGAGACGGGGUGUUCAUUUUUAGGUUUUGUAUAAUUUGCUCGCUCUCUUUUGGGGAGGUGCCUGGAGGUAGACUGGAGGGGCUACAGGAGACUUGGUAAAGUUCUGCCCCAUCCUCCUGUUUCCUAAGGCAAAUGGGGGUGUUGGGGCCCCUUAACUGACCCCGAAAACUUUAGGCACAACUCUGGCUGUAUAUGGGGCCUAUUGUGUUUCUCUCCCUAUCCUGGCUGUUGUCCUGCCCCUACUAGUGCCCACAACCCCCACUGUUGAAUGUCCAGAGAAUCGCUAAGACAGUGCCUUUUACAAAUGUGAUUUAUCUCACUUCUGAGCACCAAGUGGGCAGUGGGCCGGUGUGUCCAUCUUCUUGCACAGUGGAAACUUGUGCAAAGAAUAGAUAGUUCUGCCUUUGUUCUUUUUUUUUUUUCUGUGUGUGGCCUUUGCAUCAUUUACCUUGUGGAAGAGAAGGUUCAGGCCUCACAAGCCCUUGGCUCACUGCCCUGUGGAUGAGGACUGUGAACUACUUUCCCCUUUCUUGGCCCUUCCCACCUGGGGAGCCUCACUAGCAAGGCUGGUGGCAUCUGGAGACCAAAAGGGAAGAAGUGGAGUGGGGUUAACCUCUGACAAGCACAGACCCCAGGUUUUACCAAAGGCAAAGAGGCCUCCAGCCCCCUCCCCAAGCUGAAUCAAGAAAGAGGACAGGCACAGAAAAGCACAAGUGGAGAGGAACCUGUCAACUCUGGCCUGCCCAGGGCCCGCCCACUGCCCCAGGCCCUCCUGUUUCCCUUCCAGUGUACAUAGACAACACAGGAGGAGGCAGGUGGGAGGCAAGACCGUCCCAUCUAGAUAUUUGGGGUUGGGAGCCCCCUGAUGGUUUUGUGUUUGCACCUUGUCUUGUGUCUGAGGUGCUGUGACUGUACCCUCCUGCCUUGGGACAUUUGUAUCUCCUGGCUUUGUAAUAAAUGCUGCAUACUCUC